AUGGCAAUGAAUUCUAAUCACUUAGACUCAGCUUUCAAAGAAACAUUUCGAAGGAGCCCUUUCAAAUUUGCUAACACAAAGGUUCCUCAAGGUGGCUUAGGCGAAAGUUUCUCUCCUAUUAAAGAAGUUCCUGAAGAAGAAAUUCCAACUGGUCCCUUCAAUAUCCAGAUACCGUUCCUCGAAUCAGCUAUUUCCGCAUCUCGGCUUCGAGGUAAGGUUACAAAUGUAUACUAUGAGUAUAUACAAUUAAGUCAAGGAAUAAGCCAAGGUCGUGUAGAAUCCGUUAAGGACUUCUUGAACCAUCGUCCGGAUGCAGUAGACGAAUGGAUUAACCUUUAUGAAACGCCAUUGUUAAAAGCUUGCGCGUGUGGAAAACCCGAGAUUGUUAAAGAGCUUUUGCGCCGGAUGACACCUGAACAAAUGCUUCCAAAGAUGAGCCAAAACGCUUCAUACCACACGCCUCUCACUGUUGUCGCGGUUAGUGGAAACAUGGAGAUUGCUGAAGCUUUGGUCGCAAAGAACCCUAAGCUGCUAGAGAUUCCUGGAAUCAAUGGACAGAUCCCGGUCGUGGUUGCAGUUGAGAACACGCAGACGGAGAUGGCUCGGUAUCUUUACACUAGAACUCCGGUUCAGGUAUUACUUGAUCAAGAUGGGUAUCAUGGUUCCUUGCUCUUUCUCAAUGCCAUCUUCUAUAAAAUGCUCGAUAUCGCGUUGGAUCUGUUCAGCAUGUCCAGACGCUUAGCCGUCACAAAACACUUGCAAAUCGAGUCGAUUCCCAUCAUCGUCUUGGCUUCAAAGCCGGAUCUUUUUCCUGGUGGCUGCCAACUCGGACCAUUGGAACGCUUCAUCUACUCCUGGAUACAAGUAAAGCUACCAACUCUUCCAGAGGCGUCUCGUUCAAACAAAGACCAUAAGAAUACUCUGAUGGGAAAACUGCUCAAAUUUCUCUCCAAAUGGACUGGGAUAGAUGAAGUGUACCGAAUGAAGGUGAUGCAUCUACAAGCUAAGAAGCUUCUACUCGGAAUAUCAGAGGAAACACUAGCCAUGGGCUUGAAGGAACGUUCUGAAACCGUCGACGAAGCUUUACUCUUCGCAGUAAGAUUCGGGAACGUCGAUUUCUUAGUCGAGAUGAUCAAGAACAACUCCGAGCUUCUAUGGUCCACGAGAACGAGCUCGAGCAGUACUCUGUUUCUCUUGGCCGUCGAAUUCAGACAAGAGAAGGUGUUUAGUCUACUAUACGGUCUAGACGACAGAAAGUACUUGUUGCUCGCCGACAAAGACUGCGACGGUAACGGUGUCCUCCAUCUCGCUGGCUAUCCUUCUCCACCUUCUAAGCUCUCUACCGUCGUUGGAGCAACGUUGCAGAUGCAACGCGAGUUACAAUGGUUCAAGGAAGUGGAGAGGAUCGCACCGGAGAUAGAGAAGGAGAGAGUAAACACAGAAGAGCAAACUCCGAUCGAGAUAUUCACAAGGGAGCAUCAAGCAUUAAGACAAGAAGCUGAGAAAUGGAUGAAAGAUACGGCGAUGUCUUGCAGCUUAGUCGCUGCUCUAAUCGUCACGGUUACUUUCGCGGCGGUCUUCACCGUCCCCGGAGGCACCGACGACAAUAAACACGGUAGACCCUUUCAAGUACAAAACCCGCAUUUCACCACAUUCGUUGUCUCCGAUUUGAUCUCCUGCUUCGCAUCUUGUACCUCUGUUCUCAUUUUCCUCGGAAUACUCACCGCGAGAUACUCAUUCGACGAUUUCUUGGUCUUGUUACCGACGAAGAUGAUCGCCGGACUUUCCAUAUUGUUCAUAUCGAUCGCGGCGAUGUUGAUAGCUUUCUCGUCGGCGCUAUUCACGAUGUUUGGCAAGAAAUGGAUCGUUGCUCCGACGUUCCUUCUCGCUUGUUUACCGGCGAUGCUGUUUGUUCUUCUUCAGUAUCCUCUCCUCAAAGAGAUGAUCUUUUCGACUUACGGUAAAGGAAUCUUCGACAGAAACAUGAAAUGUUGGUCCUAA